GUCUCCAGUGGCAUCAGCCUGGAGAGAGAGCGGAGCUCCUGCUGCUGCCGCCGCUGCUGCCGCUGCCGCCGCUGCCACCUCAACAUGGAGUAGCGACAUUCACCGCCUCGACUGCCCAAGAAGAGAGCGACACGACGCGGCUUCUGUUCGCUUCCUCCUCCGCAGAGCCCGCAAAUGAGCCAGCGGCUAACAAUUCUGUGCUAACGCUAAAGGAAAAGCUCGGCUUUUAUUGGGAAGAUGGCGAACGACUCUCCAGCCAAAAGUCUAGUGGACAUAGACUUGGCUUCACUGCGGGAUCCAGCUGGGAUAUUUGAGUUGGUGGAGGUGGUCGGAAAUGGCACCUAUGGACAAGUUUACAAGGGACGACAUGUCAAGACUGGACAGCUGGCUGCCAUCAAGGUCAUGGACGUCACAGAGGAUGAAGAGGAGGAGAUUAAACUGGAGAUCAAUAUGCUGAAGAAGUAUUCCCACCACAGGAACAUAGCCACCUACUACGGUGCUUUCAUUAAGAAGAGUCCCCCGGGACACGAUGACCAGCUCUGGUUGGUGAUGGAGUUCUGUGGAGCUGGUUCCAUUACGGACCUGGUGAAGAACACCAAAGGGAACCAGCUGAAGGAAGACUGGAUCGCCUACAUCUCCAGAGAGAUUCUCAGAGGUCUGGCUCACUUACACGCCCACCACGUCAUCCACCGUGACAUCAAGGGUCAGAACGUCCUGCUGACGGAGAACGCCGAAGUCAAACUCGUGGACUUUGGUGUGAGCGCUCAGCUGGAUCGGACAGUGGGGAGGAGGAACACCUUCAUCGGGACUCCAUAUUGGAUGGCCCCCGAGGUCAUCGCCUGCGACGAGAACCCGGACGCUACGUACGAUUACAGAAGUGAUCUGUGGUCAUGUGGUAUCACAGCUAUAGAGAUGGCUGAAGGAGCGCCACCACUCUGUGACAUGCACCCUAUGCGUGCGCUCUUCCUCAUUCCAAGAAACCCUCCUCCUCGCCUUAAAUCUAAAAAAUGGUCCAAGAAGUUCUUCAGUUUCAUCGAGGGCUGUCUGGUGAAGAACUACACGCAGCGUCCGCCCACAGAGCAGCUCCUGAAGCAUCCCUUCAUCCGUGACCAGCCCAACGAGAGGCAGGUCCGCAUCCAGCUCAAAGACCACAUCGACCGGACCAAGAAGAAGAGGGGAGAGAAAGAUGAGACCGAGUAUGAGUACAGCGGCAGCGAGGAGGAGGAGGACGAGCCUCCAGAGCAGGAAGGAGAACCCAGCUCCAUUGUCAACGUGCCGGGGGAGUCGACUCUGCGCCGCGACUUCAUCCGCAUCCAGCAGGAGAACAAGGAGCGGUCGGAGGCACUCCGCCGCCAGCAGCUCCUCCAGGAGCAGCAGCUCCGCGAGCAGGAGGAGUACAAGCGCCAGCUACUGGCCGAGAGGCAGAAACGCAUUGAGCAGCAGAAGGAGCAGAGGAGGCGACUGGAAGAGCAACAACGGCGCGAGCGGGAGAUGAGGAGGCAACAGGAGCGCGAGCAGCGCCGCCGUGAGCAGGAGGAGAAGAGGCGAAUCGAAGAGAUGGACCGUAGACGGAAAGAGGAGGAGGAGCGGCGGCGAGCCGAAGACGAAAAGAGGAGGAACGACCGCGAACAGGAGUACAUCCGACGUCAGCUGGAGGAGGAGCAGAGGCAUCUGGAGAUGUUGCAGGAGCAGCUGCUGCGAGAGCAAGCCAUGCUGCUGGAGUUCAAGUGGCGGGGGCUGGAGGAGCAGCGCAAGGCCGAGCGUCUCCACAAGCGUCUGCUGCAGAGCGAGUCCAGACCGCAGCCCGGCGACAAGAGCAAAGCCCACUCAGACCCUAGCAAACCUCCGCAGACCGCAGACCCGCCCCCCGACAGAGCCACGCCCACAGCCCCACACGCUCAGGUCCUUGACGGCGCCGCCUCUGUAGCCAGAGGAGCUCACGACUCCUCCGGAGAGCUUCAGAGCGCCUCAGACCACGGCGAGACCGCAGAGCCGCUAAAGACUGACACUGUAGAGACGUGUCCCGACCGGCUCCAACGCUCCCCGAGCCCCAGCCCCUCUCACACUGAACCCCCGGCUGACUCUGAACCGCUCCAGGCAGAGAGUCCGGAGCCUGAUAGGCCCGUCAGUCCUCCUCCUCAGCCUAUCAGAGAGGCUGAUGAGCGGUACCGUAAGAACAUUCAGGGAUCCCCUCAGACCGCCCCUCCUCCCAAGCAGCCCCCUCUGCCUCCCCGCUCCUCUGAACCGUUUUCCAAUGGCGGCCCCUCCUCCGAGGCCUCUGCCAUGCACCGACCCAUGGAGCCUCAGGUGCAGUGGUCCCACCUGGCUGCUCUAAAAAGCAGCAACAGCGCCGCCCCCUCUCCUCCUCCUCCUCCUCCUCCUCCUCCUCCUUCUGCUGCGCCGCCCGUGGUCGCUCGCUCCCAGUCCUUCAGCGAGACCGCCGGCGUGGCCUCUAGCUUUGCACAACUCCACCUGCGUUCACAGGACCCCCACCAUCACCAACACCACCACCACCCAUCGCCCGCACGCACUGACCCCCAGCCCCAACCUUCCCUCCACCACCCUCAGGCCCAGACUAGAGUCGAGCACCAGGCCGGCAGCGAGGAGGUGCCUCCAAAGGUCCCGGUGAGGACAACAUCCAGGUCUCCAGUGCUGUCCCGUCGCGAGUCUCCUCUGCCAUCACAGCCCAGCAACCAGGGUGGCCAGAGGAACGCUGGCAGUAACGUAGAGCAGCGCCCCCUGUGGGACCGCGUGGAGAAGCUGCAGCCUCGGCCUGGCAGUGGCAGCUCCUCGGGCUCGUCUAACUCCAGCUCUCAGGCCAGUUCUGGGGACCGCUUCAGGCCCCGCUGUGAGUCUCCUGCCUCCUCCAAAUCUGAAGGAUCUCCACUCCAACGGCCCGAAAAUGUCCCCAAGAAGCAGGAUGAGAAGAACGCGGCGAGGCCGACUCGACCUGCGGACCUGACUGCUCUGGCUAAGGAGCUCCGCGCUGUAGACGACGUACGACCUCCUCACAAAGUCACGGACUACUCCUCCUCAAGCGAGGACUCGGGCACCACGGACGAGGAGGAUGACGAGGAGGUGGACCAGGAGGCUGGAGAGGAGUCCACCUCAGGAGCUGAGGACUCCAGAGCUGGAUAUCCCCAUGGCUUCCGCAGGAGACUGAGCAACGGGGAGACGGAGUCGGCCAAGACCAUGCAGGUCAAAGACUCUGAGAGCGAGCCGGCCAUGACGCCCUCCAAAGACGGCACGCUGGUCAUCAGACAGAGCACCGCUGAAAUAAAGCGGUUGGUCAGUCUCUCCUCCUCCUCCUCCACCUCCACCUCAUCCAUGAGCGGCCUCGGCCAGGCCCCGCCCCCCAGCCACGGGCUCCCAGAGAAAAAUGGCUUUGCCGGCCACAUACACCACCUACCAGACCUUAUCCAGCAGAGCCAUCACCCUCCUUCCUCCUCCACAAUCGUCCCUCCCUCCUCCUCCUCCUCCUUCUCCUCCUCCUCCUCCUUCUCCUCCUUCUCUACAUCCUUCCCGUCAUCAUCUAGCCACGCCAGUCCUGCCAUGUCCCCACAGAAUUCUCUGGACCAGCUUACUGCCAUAGAGUCGCAGUCAGAGAGCAACUCCAUGUCCAAACACAAGUCUUCCUCCUCCUUCACUCCCUUCAUCGACCCUCGUCUUCUGCAGAUCUCUCCAUCCAGCGGCAGCUCCCUCAACAACAUGGCUGCGUUUGGUCAGGAUGGCCGCCUGGUGGACCCGCUGAGGUCCGACCCGUCUCGCAAAGGCUCGGUCGUCAACGUCAACCCGGUCAACACGCGCCCGCCAAGCGACACGCCGGAGAUCCGCAAGUACAAGAAGAGGUUCAACUCCGAGAUCCUGUGUGCUGCUCUGUGGGGAGUGAACCUGCUGGUGGGCACAGAGAGUGGACUGAUGCUGCUGGACCGGAGCGGUCAGGGCAAAGUUUAUCCUCUGAUCAACAGACGAAGAAUCCAGCAGAUGGACGUUCUGGAGGGACUCAAUGUGCUGGUCACCAUAUCAGGUAAGAAGAACAAGCUGCGAGUGUAUUACCUGUCGUGGCUCAGGAACAAGAUUUUGCACAACGACCCCGAAGUGGAGAAGAAGCAGGGUUGGGUCAACGUGGGCGACCUGGAGGGCUGCGUCCACUACAAAGUCGUGAAGUACGAGAGGAUUAAGUUCUUGGUGCUGGCCUUGAAGAACGCUGUGGAGGUGUACGCCUGGGCACCCAAACCCUACCACAAGUUCAUGGCCUUCAAGUCUUUCGGUGACCUGGUGCACAGGCCCCUGCUGGUCGACCUGACUGUGGAGGAGGGUCAGAGGUUAAAGGUCAUCUACGGCUCCAGCUCAGGCUUCCACGCAGUGGACGUGGACUCCGGCGCUGUGUACGACAUCUACCUGCCCACACACAUACAGACCAGCAUUCAGUGUCACGCCAUCAUCAUCUUACCAAACACGGAUGGGAUCGAGCUGCUGGUGUGUUACGAGGACGAGGGCGUUUAUGUCAACACCUACGGCCGCAUCACCAAGGACGUGGUGCUGCAGUGGGGAGAGAUGCCAACUUCAGUGGCCUACAUUAGGUCAAACCAGAUCAUGGGCUGGGGUGAGAAGGCCAUAGAGAUCCGCUCUGUGGAGACGGGACACCUGGACGGAGUCUUCAUGCACAAGAGAGCGCAGAGACUCAAGUUCCUUUGUGAGAGGAACGACAAGGUCUUCUUUGCGUCCGUGCGUCAAGGAGGAGCCAGUCAGGUUUACUUCAUGACUCUGGGACGCACGUCCCUCAUGAGCUGGUAGUUUGACCGCACGCCUACGCCGUGACCAGCAGACGACGAUUGUGACUAUGAUACUGACACCGAUGAAGAAGAAGAAGACAACCAAGCCUGAGCUGGAGAAGCCUCGGGUAAACAAACAAACAAACAAACAAACAAACGGAUCGGACUGUAACCACGAGAAGAAGCAAGGGAUGAUGGGUGUGUGUGUGUGUGUGUUCCUGUCACUCAGUGUAUUCGUUAAAAAAACACGAAACCCCCUCCCCACCUCCUUUUCCUCCUCCUCUUACUCGUCGGGACGCAGGACCUGUCGCCUGUCGACGGUAAAUCUUUAUGUGUCAUAGUAGAACUUUGCAUCGCGUUCACGUGGCAGCAAACAGACGGGAAGAACGCGGAUAACGUACGUGCCACGACCUUCAGCUGCAGCCGAGUUCAGUCCGUGAAAUGAAAGGUCCAGUGUGUAAGAGUUAGUUUUUCCUUCAUCUAGCUUCUCUGUGUUGGUUUGUUUGCGUGAGUACGGUUCUUCAAAAACACUGCUUUGUCCGUUCAGGCGGCACAAAAUGGCCGCCGGGGUAAACGUGUCUUUAUUUUAAAGUGAUCGCACACUCAGACAAACACGCGUAUGGGUCGUAUAUUCAGUCUCUCCUCACACGCUGGACCUUUAACUGGCGUUAAAGCAUGUUAGUAGUUCACAGUUUGUUUUUUUGCUCCCGUAAACGAUGUAAACAAAAAAAAAAAUCUGCCUGCGUCUUCACUUUUUUGCCUUCUCCUCCUUAAAGUGAAGACUUUGUUAAGGGACCUUCUUGAUAUAUCCACGAGUGAACAGGGUACUGGAUAUCAGUGUGUACAGACUCCACUCUCCCGGCGUUUAACCCGACACCGCUUUGACCACUUUGCCUCGAGUACGUACUGUAGGUCGCGUCGGAGAGACGUUCGCCCUGUCUAUGACCGCAUGUUGCUCUCUUUUUUUCUUUUCCUUUUUUUUUGUUGGUGUUAUUAACAAAAUUAGCCCCUUGUUUUUGUUUUUAAAUACACUGUAUAUUUUGUAUGUGACUCGCUGCACAUCGAUAAAGCAUAAGAACACAUAAGGACGCACCUAAAAGAUGACUUUUAUAGGGAGAAUCCAACAGUCCUCAGUUAAAGGCCCAGAAUUAGUGACAUCUAGUGGUGAGAUUGCAGACAAACAUGGCUCUGAUAUCAAGUCCCUUAACUAAAGUGAUUUUACACUUAUACAAACACUACUUCAAUGUGUUUUAUUCAAUUCCUACCCUUUAAAUGUCCCACACUGGUCCUUUAACUCGCUGACAUACGAGUAAAGUUUACUUGUUGACGUGCUCGACACCAAACGUUAUGUUUUUUCUGCCCAAAAAGAACUGCAUGAGUGAACACAUGCACGACACUGAGUAAUCUUACAGUAUUUAUAUCACUACUGGCCACAGAACGACGACGACAACAACAACAACAACAACAACAACAAAAGACCCCAAAAAUGUGAGGUUUGUCAGCAGUUAAAAAAAAGGUGGAUUCUCCCUUUAACCGCCAUCGCUCAUAAGUAGGGCUAGGAUAAACUGUGAAUUAGCAGAAUAAUUAUUAGCAGGCGGCCGAUAUAGUAGCAUGGAGGCCGGUGGGCAGGCGUGACCGCGAGGGACUGAAGGCGAGCGAAGAUGUCACCGAUGAGGGUUUGAGAAGAAUCACACUCCACACACACACAUGAAGAAGAGGCUCCGCCUCCUCCUCGUGCACCUCGAGCUCCAUUAUCAAUUAUCGAAGAGGAAACCUUACCUUAAAGUCUGCCUUAGAACAUACUCAAUAAUCAUAAAAAAAGGCUUGCAACUCAUGAUUAUCUUCUUUUUUCUGGGUUAAUAUCAUAAACCAAAGAAACCAGGACAUAACUCAAUGUUUAAGAAGCUCAAAUAACUUACUGACAAACGAUGAAUUUAAGUUCCCCGUAUCUCAAAAAUAGUCCACAAACCAAAGAUAAUUCAGUUUACAGUCACAGGAGAGCAAAGAAACCACAACAUAAUUCACAUUAAAUGAGUUAAAACGAUAAACUGAGCAUCAAAAUAGUAACAAAACACAACCCAGAUUUGUAUUUUUACCUUUUUUAAUCUGAUUUUUCCUCCUCAAUCGUGCCCUGAAACGAAAGUUUGUCACUUUUUUUUAUUGUUUUAAAAAUGCAUCACUGAAAGGUCAGAUCCGUCGGUGGCGGUGAGACUUUAGUGGGCGCGGCGGUGCCUUCACUGACUCCUGAAAAACUCAAAAAUCACCCGUUCUAAUCGCUGUGUUACAAAAACAACAACAUAAACCACUCCAGACUGAGCAGCAUCUUCUGAACCUCGGACGUUAGUUUUUUUUUUUAAAGUCUCGUUUCUGCGACUUCUAUCACCUUCAGAUACGUAAGUGACUGCAGCGGUGGGAGGUUUUUGUUUUUCUUCUAUCGUAAUGCAAUUAUUAUGUUGACAAUGUUUACAGGCGUUUUUGUUUUAAACCAAUGUGCAUCAAUAUGAAUAUUUAUGGUUUAUCUUGAAGGUAAUUUGUAUUAUUCCCUUUUUUUUUGUACUAUCAUUUAGACGUUUUGUUUUUUGUGUACGGGAACAAAUCGGCUUAAAGCUCGUGUUCAAGAGUGUGAUUUUUACUGAUUCCUUGACAUCCUGCAGUGAGGCGGCGUGGAGCGAAUGUUCUCCAGCUGCCAGGUGACGUUUCCCCUCAAACCUCUAUCUCUCUCUCUCUCUGUCUCUCUGCCACGCCUCUCUAAUUUAUGUCCUCUCUGUGUGUACUAUGGGAAUUACUGUAUUUUCCUGAAGGUCUUUUUUUUUUCAUUGAAUAAAAUGAGAAGUAAUUUACA